AUGGGCGGCGCCUCCAAGCUGCUCUCCUCCCUCCUCCUCACCUCCUCCCCGCUCCGCCUCCGACCCACUACUACUGCCGCCGCCGCGGCGCUCUUCCUCUCCCCGCCCGCGGCGGCCUCGCGCCGCCCGCUCCUGCUCUCCUCGCCCUCCCCGCCCCGCACCCUCUCCACCUCGUCCGCCGCCGCCGCGUCCUCCUCCCUUCCGCACGGCUCCAGCUCGGCCUCCCCGGCGCCACCGCCCCGAGCUCCUUUCCCCGAGUGGUCCCGCCUCGUCGACCGACUUGCCGCCGCCGGGUACGGCUCCGGCGCGCCCUUUCCCUCUGACGAUCUCGAACUCGCGUCCGGAUGCGGCCUGUCGGACGGUGCGCAGGCCGCUGUCUCCACCUGCCUCGCCUUCGCGCGUGACCGGCCUGGCCUCCUCAGUUCGCUUCAAAGGAAGGACGUAGAGGUCCUGGUGGCCAAUGCGGCGCCGUCUCUGUUCAAGGAUGGGGAGGCAUCAGCACAGCGGCUUCGGCGCUACCUUGCUGGGGAAGAAACCGAUGUCAUUGUUUCAGAGAGAGCUGAAACUGUUGAUAUUGUUCGAUAUCUCCUAAGUUACACAUACGGUUCUUCUGACAGCUACUCAGAAGACAAGGAACUUACUGAUUCCGCUGUGAGAAAUAUCAUGGCUGAGUUAGUGAGUUUUAGUGGUCUUUCCCAACCUUCCACUUCUGCGGAAUCAACUCCCAACCAAAGUUGCUUGAGUCAGCAUGAACGAUUUUCCAGGCCUCCAGGGCAAAAUAUCAAAAUGAAGCGAGGUGAUUGGAUUUGCACAAGAUGUAGUUUCAUGAACUUUGCAAGAAAUGUUAGGUGUCUUGAGUGCAAUGAGCAGCGGCCAAAAAAGAUGUUGACUGGUGGAGAGUGGGAAUGCCCUCAGUGUGAUUUCUAUAAUUAUGGGAGGAAUAUGUCAUGCUUAAAAUGUGAUUGCAAGAGGCCAGCAACAAUCCCACCGAAUCCUGCAUCUGUUGGUGCCGGUUUAGGUGGUGUGGCACAGCUCCUUAGUGUAACGAGUGCUGGUAAAUCUGAAAUUGAGAGAAAACUUGCUGAAAAUGAUGAAAAGGCAGAAAGAUGGUUGAGCAAAGUAUCUCAACUUCAUGAUUCAGCUGACUUAAGUAGUCUAGCAGAAGAUGAGGACUUUCCUGAGAUUAUGCCUAUGCGCAAGGGGGUGAAUAAGUUUGUGGUUAGCACGCGCAAAUCACCACUGGAGAGAAGGCUUGCAAAUGCACAGUACAGCAGUAACAAUAGCCCCGCAUCAUCCGACCCAAAGAUAAGUCAAACUUUAGACAGGAUACUUGGGCGUUCAACUCCUACUGCAGCCCCAAACAAUCAAUCUGUUACUAGUGACUCACCUACUGAAGCUCCAAAGAAAUCAACAGACCACCUUGGAGGCAUUGGUCCUGUUCCGUUUGUGCCCCUGUCUGCAGAUCUCUUUGCUAAACCACAGAGUAAUAAUGGACAGAGCAAUGGGAAUGAAAAAAUCAAUGCAGAAGAUGACAGUUCCAUGGCAAAUAACACAGUGCCUGUACCUGAGAGGCAAAGCACGGAAUCAUUAGAUACCGCUGAGAAAUGGUCCAAAAAAGUAGCAGAACUUGACAAUGCAAAGGAUUCCCCAAGUGCAAUUUCUGAUGAAAAUUUCCCUGAGAUUAUGCCAAUAAGGAAAGGUGAAAACCGAUUUGUUGUUAGUAAGAAAAAAGAUCGCUCAUUGACAUCACAACAGUACAAAAGGUGCAGUAUUCUUGAGCAGGCAGACAGUUCUGAUUUUGUCCCAUUUGUUCCAUUUCCUUCUGGCUACUUUGCCAAGAAAGAUACACCAAUAGAGAGUACUACAGACACAGGUAUUGUGUCAGAAGGCGGUCAACCAAAAGGUAACCUGAAUAAUGAGAACUGGAACAGAAAUUACUAUAAGCAUCAAUCACAAUCUCAUGGGGCACAAUCUAGGCCUAGUGGUACUGCAUAUACUGGCACUCAGAUCACGGGCAACUCCCAGGGGAACUACAAUGGGAGCAGAGGUGAAUCUACUUACCAUGGAGCUAACUUUGAACAGCAACACUCAGGUUAUAGCAACAACAGUUAUUGGGGCAGUGAUAACAAUAACAGCAACAAUGCCUGGAGUGACAACAGCAAUUAUAACAACAAUAAUGCUUGGAGUGGUAACAAUUCCUAUAACAGCAGUACUAGGAACGGCAAUAGCAGCUACAACAGCAGUCAUGGUUAUAACUACAAUGGUACAUGGAAUGACAGCAGCAACAGUGCAUGGAGCAGCAACAGCAACAAUAACCAGAGUGGUUCAUUUGCUAAUAAUAACAGUGUCAAUAGCAGCAGUAGUUCCAUGAAUGCUAAUCACGCGGUUCACAGCUCAGGAUAUGGAGGAAACUCAAACAGAGGUUAUACUGGAAAGAGCAUGGAAGGAUCUGCUGUAAAGGAUCCUGAUCCUCUAGACAUGUCCGAGGAAGCUAAGGCUGAGAGAUGGUUUAGGAGGGCAGCUCAGAUAAAGGACAUCUCUGAGCUAGCGAACAUUCCCGAUGAGGACUUCCCUGAGAUAAUGCCGAUGAGGAAGGGGGUGAACAGAUUCGUUGUGAGCAAGAGGAAGACACCAUUGGAAAGGAGAUUAACAUCCCCACAAUACAGAAGGAACCUGCCAAUCGUCAGUUCUGAAAUGGACAAAGAUGCCAGCUGA